UGCCAUUUUUGCGGAUUUAAUUUCUGUUUUCAGGCGCCCAUUUGGAUUUUGUUUCUUCCAGGUUUGUUGUCUGGUAAUCCAAAUAGAUAGAAAACCAAAAGAAAAAAAAAUCCAAAAUUUACCAUCUGGGGUGGCCAGCCGGUGAUAAUAUAGAUCAAAUCCUAUAAUGUCUGCGGUUGAUGUCGCAUUGAGCCCAAUCCCCAAAGAGACUGCGAAAUCCGCCGUCUCUUUCGAUCACAGCCAUCAAUUCAAAUCCAUCGUGAUCUACAUCUUUUUCGGGGGCUCCUUGAUUCCCAUGCGCGUAAUGGAGUCCGAUUCCAUUGCAUCAGUCAAACUUAGGAUUCAGACAUGCAAAGGUUUUGUAGUAAAGAGGCAGAAGCUAGUUUUCGCGGGCUGUGAGCUAUCAAGAACCGAUUCUAAUGUCAAGGACUAUGGCUUAAGUAAUGGAAAUAUAGUUCACUUGACUCUGAGGAUAUCUGAUAUCCUAUUGAUCAGCGUUAGGACACCCUGCGGUAAGGAGUUGUUCGAGUUACGUGUGGAUAGGCACAGAAAUGUAGGGUACUUGAAGUGUAGGAUUGCAAGAAAAGGGAAAAAGGUUCAAUUUUUGGACCUCAAAGACCCGGAUAUCUUUUUCCGUGGGGAGAAGCUCAAUGACUUCAGGCUGAUUCGCGACAUUACCAAUAGUUCAGAUCCGAUUAUUCACUUAGUCGUGCAGAAGCCCGCGAAAAUCCGAACAAGGCCCAUCGAGAAAGAAAUUGAGAUCUCGAUCGUGGCUCCCGAUUUUGAGAAGGAUUUUUGUAAAAGGGGGAAUUCUUUUAGCUUGGAGCCGAUUUUUGCGGGCCCACAUGUGGACCUACCCCUCUCUCUGCAGGAAAUGAUCCGCCGCAUCUCGGAAGGUUUAGCUAGCGGGAAGCAGCCAAUCAGAUCGUCUGAGGGUACGGGUGGGACUUACUUCAUGCCGGACUCGUUUGGUGAAAAAUACUUAGCAGUUUUUAAGCCGAUAGAUGAAGAGCCUCUUGCCAAGAACAAUCCUCAAAACCUACCAAUAUCGACAAAUGGCGAGGGUUUGAAGAGAGGCACAAGGGUGGGCCAAGGGGCGUUUAGGGAAGUCGCGGCGUAUUUAUUGGACCACCCGAGAAGCGGGCCUCGGUCCAAAUCGUGUGAUCUGGAGAAAAUCGGGUUCGCGGGCUUGCGGCCCACGGUUAUGGUGGGGUGCCUGCACGGAGGAUUUAACCAUCCAGAAGGGUUCGAAAUGUCGGAUGAGUGCGUAAAGGUCGGUUCUUUGCAAGUGUUUGUGAAGAAUGAAGGGAGCUGUGAGGACGUGGGCCCCAGGGAUUUUCCGGUCGAUGAAGUUCAUAAGAUUUGCGUGUUUGAUAUGAGGACAGCGAAUGCAGAUAGGCAUGCGGGGAAUAUCUUGAUUAGUAGGGAUGAGGGUAAAACGGGAAGGAUUGUGUUGGUGCCGAUCGAUCAUGGCUAUUGCUUGCCUGAAAAUUUCGAGGAUUGCACAUUCGACUGGCUCUACUGGCCACAAGCACGCGAACCAUUCUCCCAAGAAACACUCGACUACAUCAAAUCACUCGAUGCCGAGCAAGAUAUAUCUCUUCUCAACUCUUAUGGGUUAAAACUCUCCCUUGAAUCCACCCGAACACUCCGAAUUUCCACCAUGCUUUUGAAAAAGGGGGCCGAGAGGGGCCUUACGCCUUUCCAAAUAGGUAGCAUUAUGUGCAGAGAAAAUCUGAACAAGAAAUCGGUAUUAGAGGAGAUUGUUGAUGAAGCUAAUGACUCUUUGCUUCCACAAAUGAGCGACUCGGCAUUUUUCGAAGCAUUGUCUGAGACAAUGGACUCCACACUCGACAAGCUCGUGUGUGUUUAUGUAUAGGUGUGUAUAUACCAAAAAAGGGAAAAAGAAAAAUAAAAAAUCAGUCCAUGUGUUAUAUUUUCGGAUCAUCCUCUUUUGUGUAUUCCCUUUAUUUUUCUCUACUAUCCGUGUCGUGUCCGAUGAAUGAAUGAUUCGGGUGAACAGAGGUGUUAACGGUCGAAUAAAGGAAGGAUACAGUGUUUGGUUAGAGGGAUUAGUAAUGUAUAUAAUUGUUAUUAGCCUUUGUUAUGGAUCUAUCAGGAUUUUCAAUCCUAAUGGUGAAGAGAUGUGUCCUGAGUUUGUAACUACUGGUUGGCAAGGGUUAUAAGAGAUCAUCUUAUUGUUGUGUGUUAUAAACACCUGCAUUUUGGUUU